CCUGUGCCUGGUGUGGAUCGGAGAGAAUGGACCCGAUGUGCCUACACACUCUCCAGUCCCCUCCUUGACAUUUCACGGUCAUUAUGUUGCUUGUCCUACGUUGCCUGUGUCUGUGGUUAACGGAGCCUGUUGCUAAUGAGUUUCUUUGUGGUUUUAAUGUAACCCAAGUGAUGUUCAUUGAUCACUGGUAAGUCAUAGCGGAAGAACACAGUCGGGCAAUAGAACGAAUAACUAACGAGCACGCGUCCGACAUCAGACGGGAACAAUGUGUGGUAUUGAACUCUCCACUGGUAAAGGCAGGGAUUGGCGUAUUUCAUGCAACUCGUUGAUGUGUAAUUAGGAAUUGAAUGGUGUUUCUCAGAAGCUGUUCGAGACACUUAUACAGAAAGCAGUGAGAGAAUUGAUGACAGGGAAUCAUGUCGACCAAUGAAAUCACUCGUGCCAGGAGGCUGGUGGAGCAGCUCCGCAUCGAGGCAGGCACGGACCGCAUCAAGGUGUCCAAGGCUGCUGCAGAGCUGAUGAACUACUGUGAGAAGAAUGCACACAGUGACCCUCUGCUAGUCGGCAUGCCCGCCUCCAAAAACCCCUUCAAGGACAAGAAGCCCUGCGUCCUACUGUAAUCCCACCCAAGCCCAUGCCCAUGCCCAACCUAACCUGUCAAUCACUGCCUUUGACCUCUGACCUCCAAACACAAAGGGAUGUCGCCGGGAAACCAACAGAGCAAGUCACACUUUUCCGUAUCCAGUACAUUGAGGGGAUAGUGAUGAGAGCAAGAAGGUGAAUUCAUUUGUUAUUGGUGCAGCUAAUUAAAUGGAAAGAACAUUGUUGGGAUGCAGUGGCACACAACUGUGCGAUAAUGUGCAAGGAGACGUGUACAACUUGAAUUGAAGGAUCUAUUUCUUUGGCUUCAUCCAAAUGCUGGGUCUAGUAUUGUCUGGCUGUAGGGAAUGUUUGUAUUCUUGUAAUGCUGUGUUUUAUUACAUCAACUUACCCUCCAAAUGCCAGUUAUGUUUUUAAUAGUGUUAAAACAUAAAAAUUAAUUUGUACAGUUUCCCUUUCUUCUUAAGGAAACCUAUUUACAAGUGGCAGAUAUAAAUGUAUGUAUUUUCCUCAAAAAUCUUUCUUGUCCAGUGUUUCCAAUAGGUGAUGCAUCGGUUUCCUUAAAAGCCGCGUUUGACCAUUUAUCAGGGAAUGAAUGUACCUUUGUGCCAUGUUAAUGAUGAAAUUAUUCUGCAAGUUUGCCAACCAUCAUGUCUUUUAAGUAAUGGGGACAACCUGUAACAGGAUGCUACAGUAGAGUUGGGUUUCAGAAGGUUUGAUUGCAGCUAAUGUACCGUGUAUUACUGCACAAAGAGAGCUAGUAAACCCUAACUUACUGUACCAUUCAUUACACAGUGUCACGAUACCCCAUGAAUAGUGCCAAUCAGCUGCAGGAGAAAGGAGUCCAUUUUGGGCUGUGAACUGUGAGGUUAAUUUGGAGAUCUUCUUUUAGCCCAGAAACCAUACAACUGGUACAUUUUGAAGUGUCAACAGACGGGAUGGCCGUGUUAUGCAACCAGCAUGUGAUUUAGUCACUUGAGUGUCACAUGGUGGUUGACUGGUAAGAGCCUACGCAGUUGGCACAGUAUGAAUGAAUGAACGAACGAAUGAGUGCGUGUUUGUGUGUGUGUGUGUGUGUGUGGUGAUUAGUACACAAAGGAAUUUCAGGGAUAAUAAAGAACCCGAGAAAGCCUGGGGCGGUUUUGAGAGGGAUGGGGGUUUGUGUAAGCGUUUGGCUAAAAAAAGUAACACAUUACAGCUAUUUUUCUUGGGUUAAAAAUGGAGCAGAGGACAGACAGACAGAAGAGUGCAGGACAAUAGAAGGACUUAGAUGGGCAUCCUAGCGAGACAAAGGUCUGUUUGACUAAGGCCCAGUGCUCAUCACACUAUAAUAGCCACUUAUUGGUGACUACGUCUUAGGAGAAGUCACAAGAGUGACACUCAAGGUUGGGUCACCCAUCAUGUCACAAUACCGCAAACGCUGUUUGGACAACAUUCAAAUUCACAGUGAAAUGAACAGGCUUCUCUUUGUAGACCCUCUCUCUAAGUCACCCUGUCUGCAUUCCAAAUGCCGCCCCAUUCCCUCUGGUGCCCUACUUUUGCCUUGGGUCGAUAGGGGCCUUGUUAAGUGUGCUACAUUGAAAACCGGGUGUCAUUUGGAACACAGCCUAUGUCACGUGCUGGUGCCAAAUGCUCCUGUUGUGGCAUCCCUGCCUUAUUUCUGACCCGUGUAGGCAGACCUAACACCAGCUUCAGAAGACAAUCAAUAUGGGGUCAGGUCAGACAGAGACACAAUCACACGCGCUCAGUUUUGUCACACUAUGGGAAAUUUGCAGAAGAGGUCAUAUUUUUGGUGCGUUUUACUUCUUAAAUUAAGUGCAUCAUUUUCUAUGGGCACUUUUUUUUUUUUUUUUAACUUAACUACACUAAACUAGAGGUUUGAAGAAAAUAGCUUUGAUUAGACAUUUCACUCUAAUGUAAACUUGUGAACUUGCUAGUGCUGACUGUUACCUCCAGAGGUUCUGCACAACACUCAUAAUCUUGUAAUCAGACUUGUUGCCUGUAACCAAAUGCUCUUACAGUAAACGUAUUGUUAAAAGAGCAAUGAUUUUGUAACAGCUAAAAUGUGUAGACAUUUUAUUCAUAUUAUUUUUAGGGUAAACCUUCAAAUUCAAUAUUAGCACUGAGUUUCUCAACGAUGUUAACCCAUUGCAUGUUCUUUGGCUUUAAGAAAACCUAUCUGGCAGAUGAACAGGAAUGAGACAGCCUUGCUGUUUUCAGUACUCAACACUGCAGAAUUUGGAGGAAAAACUUAUUGUGGACAAAUAAGAUAGAAAUUACCCAGAGUGAUUGCAGGAGGAAAGACUGGAGACAAAAAUCUUCCCAGCAUACCACAUCAUCUGUGAAAUAUGAUGAAAGUUGCUUAUGCAAUGGCUGUAAGUGGAACUGGCUCACUUACAGCAACAAAAAAAAGACAAAGAUAUAAUUGCUUUGUCUGCAGAAUGAAUUAAAGUGUACAGAAAUGUCUUGUCUACUAAAUAAGAAGAAUAUGCCUCCAAACUCAGUGGAAAGAACUUAAUCAUUCAAUAAGACAAUUACCUCAAACGUGCUGCCAUAUAAUUUUUUGCGCCAAAAAUAUUUAAUCCCAAUUGACAUGUAGGUCAUUUCUUGAAUAUGAGAUUUAAGGCAAAAAGACCUAAAAAACAUGAACAUAACAACUGAAGAUGUCUGCAGAACAGACCUGGCAGUGCAUUGCCAAAGAUAGUUUAUUCAAAGUUGCUUAUGAGAUUGUGUAAUGUAAUUGUUAUAUCUAAAGAUUUGAAUUAGCCACAAGCUUUAAAAAACAGAGACACAUGGUAAGAUAAGAAGUGCAGAAAGCGACAAGGAAUCAAAAUACCCUCAGUAUAAAAUACCCCUAAAAGAGAAUAUAAAUCUAGAUUUAGUUAAAAUAGAUCUUUCUUAAUUACAUGUAAUGGUGUUUUUUUCUACAUUUAAUUCACCCACGAAAAAUGUGUGUGUGUAAAUGUUCUAUAAACUUCCAAUGAAAUGUUACUGCCCUUGAAGUCCAGGGUUCAAUUCCUGCUUUGCAAAGCUUCCGUGUAAUACGGAUUACGCUAGAAGUUGUUUUGUUGUUAAGUCACCGCUGUCAGCACAUAUAUUGAUUAAAUGUACAAGCUGUAAAAAAAAAAUCAACAUAUAGACAACUACAAAUAUAGAAAAGCAGUGCUUCCUGCUAACGCCCAGUGUUAGUUUGUUUUUAUCUUUUGCAGAUCGCUAGCUAGCUAACUUUAAGAAACACAAUGGAUUCUCAUAAAGACUGAAGUAGGAUGAAUAAUUUUCACAAAUGAUCUAACAAGGUGAUAUUGGACUGUGCAUGUUUGUACCAAAGUAGGCUAACAUAUUGUACAGUAUUUGAGAGACAAAAGGAGCAGGAUAUUCUGUAUCAGCUAUUUUUUGCAGAUUGCGUUUGUUUUUGCUUGUGACUUUUACUUGGGCUCUUGAGGUCAGAUGUCCCAGGACACAUUCAUCUUUUCCCUGAAUACGUUGUCUUGCAAAACUGACUUUCAGGCCCAAACAGAUUGGGGAACCUACUAUUAACUACCUCAGUUACACUCAGUGGGUGUGAAGUUGUUCUCUGUGAUGCACACAAGCUUCUGAAAAGCCAUUUGAAGGUCGGGCCUGUGGCAUUUUAAUGAAUAGAAGAGCAGGGUGCAAUCACUGUUAAAAGCAUGAAAAUGGUAACAUGGUGAAAUAGGGGUCUAGAGAAGAAAAAAAUCCAGAUUUGUAUUAAAACUCUUAGUUAUAUCGAAAGAUAAUUCAGAAAGUUUAUAAUUAUUCAAAUCCCUGUUUGCCAUGUAUGAAUGCUUCAUUUUAUAGAGCAUAGUAAUAAAGAAGAAUAUCAUAUUCUUUAAAACAAUCAUGAAAUAGCUAAAAGGGUCGAAUUGCUAAAUAAUAAAUUGCAUGAUGUUUGGAAGAAAUCCCAUUUUGCUUUGAAUAAAUUGAAAAGAUAUAAAAGAAGCAAAAAUAAACCUAAGAGUUGCUCUGAAGAAAUUUUUAAUUACCCCUUUAUAUCUUAAGUGGGCUGUCUGAUUCAAUAGGGAUUAAACUUCUCAGACAGCAUAACCAAACAAUCAUAGCUUUUAAAGGGGGGUGCUGGGUAAAUCAGACUUAAGACAUCUGUUGCCUUUUGUACAAUAAUCACUCAAUUGACAGUUAUGAUUUUUGACAUGCAUUUACUUAUUGAAACUUCAGUGGGGAGUGUUCGAUCCUGCAGGCCUGAAGUUCUGACAAUGGGAUGUGGGUACUUUGUUUCAAUCAUGCAGACUCCUGUUUUCCUUGUUCAUUCCUCCGCUGUCUUUUGAUAUUCUUAGUAAUGCUGUCACCAAGAUAUGAACAAGAUAAAUAAAAUCUAAAACAAACU